GUGACGCUGACCUGUGCCUUCCGCUAUGGCCGCGAGGAUCUGGACGUCCUGGGCCUCUCCUUCCGCAAGGACCUCUUCCUGGCCUCCUGGCAGGCCUUCCCCCCUCUGGAGGGCACCCCGGAGCCCCUCACCCGCCUGCAGGAGCGGCUCCUGCGCAAACUCGGGGCCAACGCCCACCCCUUUAGUUUCAUGAUCCCCCAGAACCUGCCGUGUUCGGUGACGCUGCAGCCGGGCCCCGAGGACACGGGAAAGGCUUGCGGCGUGGAUUUUGAGAUUCGGGCCUUUUGCGCCAAAAAUCUAGAGGAGAAGAUUCACAAAAGGAACUCGGUCCGCCUGGUGAUCCGGAAGGUCCAGUACGCCCCCGAGAAGCCCGGCCCGCAGCCCAUGGCGGAGAACAGCCGCCAUUUCCUGAUGUCCGACCGCUCCUUGCACCUGGAGGCUUCGCUCGACAAGGAGCUCUAUUAUCAUGGCGAGCCGAUCAGCGUCAACGUUCACGUGACCAACAACUCCAGUAAAAGCGUCAAGAAAGUGAAAGUGGCCGUGCGGCAGUACGCGGACAUCUGCCUCUUCAGCACCGCCCAGUACAAGUGCCCAGUGGCCCAGAUAGAGCAAGAAGACCAGGUGGCCCCGAGCUCCACCUUCUGCAAGGUUUACACCCUCACCCCGCUGCUGACCAACAACCGGGAAAAGCGAGGCCUGGCGCUGGACGGGAAGCUGAAACACGAGGACACCAACCUGGCUUCCUCCACCAUCGUGACGGAGGGCAUCAACAAGGAAGUCCUGGGCAUCCUGGUCUCCUACCGGGUCAAAGUGAAGCUGGUGGUUUCGCGGGCGGGGGACGUGGCGGUAGAGCUGCCCUUCGUCUUGAUGCACCCAAAACCGCCCGAGCAGCCCUCCCCGACGCAGGCCCCAGCAGAUAUGCCGGAAUCGGACGCGCCGGUCGAUGCCAACCUGAUCGAGUUUGAGUCCAACUACGGGCACGACGACGACAUCGUCUUCGAGGACUUCGCCCGCCUGCGCCUCAAAGGCACGAAGGACGACGAGGAGGCCGACUACUUCUGCUGAGGGGGGGGCCUGGGUGGGGCGCCCCCAACGACCCCCCCCAAAAGCAUCCCAGCCAGGGACCUUCC